CACUAUCCUUCAGCAUCUCAUCCAAUUCUCAAAGCAAAUACAUACCAUUUUCAUAUUUGGAAAUUCUUAUUCUUCUUCAUUCUUGCAAUGGCCUCAAGCAAAGCAUUCAUCACAGCUUUCUUCCUUCUUGCUCUGACCAUGUCAAGCAUGAGCAUGAGCCUAGCAGCUCGUCAUCUUAUGCAAACAAGUACUGGACCAAAUUUGCCUAAACCAACAUUGCCACCUUUGCCUUCACUUCCAACUCUGCCUCAGGCCAAUGUUCCCCCAUUGCCUACAAUACCAUCUUUGCCUACCACUUUGCCUCCACUUCCCAGCAGCAUCCCAACCAUUCCAACAGUUCCACAGCUCAACCUCCCUCUAUUGCCCUCAAUCCCAACCACUAUGCCCUCCAUCCCAUUUCUUUCCCCGCCACCUUCAGCCUCAAGCCCUUAAAAUACCCUUCCCUUCAUUUCUUCAUUCUAUGACUUGGUGGUGUCUCUGCAAAAUUGCAUGCAUGCAACAGAUAUGGCUUGAUUCCUUCCCGCAUUUGUGAGAGCAUUGUAUGGUGUUAUAUAUCAUACAAUCUUUGUUGUUUGGUGUGAUGAAAAACAGUGUAUUUUGUUUGUUUUCAGUUUAUGAGUUUCUUGCUAUUGCUUGUACUUUUUCUUAUAUUAUAUAGAUUGUGUACUGAUUACACAAUUAUAUAUACAAUUAUGAUUAAUUUGUCUUCUC